AUGUCUGGCCCGCACAAAGUCAUGUCUAUGGAGGCGGCGCUGGAGGAGGAGAGGCGCGAGGUAGAGGCCCUCAUUGCGGCUAGGAACCGCCCUCGCCCACCCAGCGCUCUCAGCGGCGUUCGCUCCUCGUCUCCUUUCACCCCUCGGUCGCCUGUCAGGAGCAUGCUGGAUAUAGGCCCUAUGAAAAGUAUGCUUGACGUUGAUAGCCCGCCAGCUGGCCCCGUCAGGAGCAUGCUCGACAUGGACAGCCCUCCAACAUCUGCUUCUGCAGGAAAGCAGGUUUUCAGCACCCCGUCCUCGCCCGUGCUGGCGUCCAACCAGCUUGCCCGCGCCGCCAACUCCUCCCACCCCAGGCACAUGUCCGAUGCUGCGGCAAGACCUGUGGGCUUUGGCCCCCGAUCAGACGGCAACCGAGACCUUACCUCCGAAUACCAAUUCUCCGACAUCAUCACGAGCAAUACCGGCCAUGCUGCCCUCCCGAAGCGUGUUACGCAGGGCAACAAGAAGGUGCCCCAGCCUCCCUCUGCCAUGUCCCACAUCGUACGCGGCAGUGAUGUCAGCAGGAUACCGCUCCCUGGUGACACCAGGGGUCGCCACUCCAUAGCGGGGCCUGGAAUGCGCCUUGGGAGCAAGUCGCGGUCUCCUCACUCCCGUCUCGGCAUACGGUCGAGCUCACCCGCCCCGAACCUGCUGUCAGGAAGGCACCUCAGCCCGGCAGGGAGGGCGUUCGUGGAGGAGACGUACGGGGUGGACAUGAGCAACGCGUACCGGCGGCUCUCAGACGCAAACCUCCUCCGUUCUGGCGGGACCCUUGCAGAGAUUGGGCGCAAGAAAAAGAGCGAAGAGCACACCGAUGGCGGCAGGCUGGCUAAAGACUACUUCAGCCCCGACGGCGACGAUUUGUUCGACGAUAGCAGCGACGACAACGACUCGAAUGCGGAGGAGGGAGAUCGUGGCCGUAAGGCAGCUAGGAGCUUUGAGGACUCCGACAAGGCAGGAGCGAAGGCGGACAAGGACAGAACAGCACUGAGCCUGCUAGCGGCUGCUGAGGAAGAACGCAUUGAGGUUGCGAAGAACCCUCACGUCAAGUACCAGUACCGAUCACUUCUCGAUGAACCCCAAAUCACCGUCACAGGACCCGCUGGCCAGAGUGAGAGGACAAAGUCUUCGAAAGCAUCUUCAAUACAUCCAGCCACCAGCUUCGACGAUGGCCCGCCCUCGGGAGCAAGGACGCCUAUGGACUCCGACACGGAGGCUGAUCUCACAGAUAUCAGGCGAGCACAGAAGCUCUCAUUGUUUCAGACUCCUAUCAAGGACACACCUAAUGCUGCUCGAGCUCUGCGCAUCAUCUACCGCGGCGACUGGCGAAAGGUCGCGCAGGAAGCCAAGGAAGAGCAGAGAACUCUGCGCAAGUACAUCGUUGCGUCUGAUCUGAGUGACGAGGCGACACAUGCCCUCGAGUGGGCAGUUGGCACGGUACUCCGAGAUGGCGAUACCAUGAUUUGCCUUUACUGUGUUGACGAGGAGGCCGGCAUUGCUCCAGCUGACGACGCCAAGUCCAUCAAGGAUCAAGGUGCUGCGCUAAACGUAGUUGCCGACAGCAAAGCACCUGUCACCCCCGGUGGAAGCGCCCUAGAAGUGCAUAAAGCCGACCAAAGCUCGGAGUCUUUGGCAACUCCAAUCAAAUCGAAGGCCGAGGAAGAACGGCACAGGGCCGUUCAGGACAUCACCGACAGGGUGGAAAGGCUCCUCCGCAAGACAAAGCUGCAGGUCCGUGUGAUCGUAGAGGUUCUGCACUGCAAGAACCCUAAGCAUCAGAUACUCGAGAUUAUCGAUGUCGUCAACCCGACUCUUGUUGUCCUGGGCAGUCGGGGACAGAGCGCCCUGAAGGGCGUCAUUCUUGGCUCAUUUUCUAAUUACCUGGUGACCAAGAGCUCCGUCCCCGUCAUGGUUGCCCGAAAAAAACUGCGAAAACAGUCCAAGUACAAGAAGCUCUCGAUGAAUCAGGUCAACAACAUCAGCAGCCCCAUGGCGAGGACGCUUGCAAAUGCCAAGGUCGACUAG